AUGACGACCCCAAGAGCCCCAGUAUGGUUCAUCACUGCGGCCUCAAGCGGCUUCGGCAGAUACAUAGCUCUCGAGGCUCUCUCCCGCGGCCACAGAGUCAUCGCCAGUGCACGCAGCACAACACGCAUUGCUGAUUUGCAAGAGAAGGGUGCAGUGACGAUGAAACUCGACGUAACAUCCCCUCAACUAGACGUCGAGAAGGUUGCGAAGGAGGCCAAUGAGCAAUAUGGAUAUAUCAACCACUUAGUCAACGCAGCUGGUUACAUCCUCGUCGGCGCAGUCGAGGAAACCUCGCCCAAGGAAGACUUCGACCAAUUCAACACCAACGUCUUCGGCAUGCUUAAUGUCUCCAAAGCCUUUCUGCCCUAUCUACGCGCCACGUCCGGCCACCGUACCAUCUCCAAUUUCGGUAGUAUUGGCUCCUGGCGUGGUGGUGCAGGUUAUGGUCUCUAUGCUGGCACCAAAUGGGCAUGUAGUGGCAUCUCUGAGUCCAUGCGCGCUGAGCUUGCGCCGCUGGGCGUUGCCGUGACUGUGAUCGAGCCGGGAUACUUUCGCACUGGGUUCUUGAACGCGGGUGCGCAGGUCAAGAGCGCAAAGAGAAUCGAAGACUACGACGAGACGGCUGUCGGUGGGGUUAGAGCGAGGCUGGACGAGGUGAACAAUGACCAGCCAGGUGAUGUGGUGAAGGGCGCCAAGGUGAUAGUGGACAUCUUAACGAAGAGUGGUACUGCUAUAGGGAAGGAGGUUCCGGUGCGUGUAGUAUUGGGCUCGGACUGUUCGACAGGCAUUCGAGAGAAGAUUGCUGAUACUGUUGAGCUGCUGGACGAGUGGGGUUCGAUUACAACUAAGACAGACCUUGACUGA